AUGCCGCGAAAUAGGUCCGGCUCCAAUCCUGCAUCCUCGGACAGCUCGAGCGAUCCUGGGCAAGACAGCACUCUCCUCCCAUCGAAAUGGCUGACCGAAAUGAUGCCACUCCGAGAGGCCCCCGAGUCUCAGCCCCGGGGGUUUAUGUUUCUUGACCUGGACACGCUAUCCGAACCCGGCGAACAGACAUCGACGCCGAAGGGCCAGCAGACGAUCAGACAGAGCAAGAAGGCCAUCGACAGACUCGAACGCGCCCUGAACCUGCCAGGAACCAGCAGCUCCGAUGCGCUUGCACAGCCUUCACGGCCCUCGUCGUCGUCGCAGUCAGUCCUGGACGAGCAGCCGGCCGCCAAGAAGCGACGGACAUCGUCGCCCUCAGCAAGUGCGCGCAUCGAAGCUGCGUCGGCAGAAACCACCGCUCGGCCGUCUGCCUCAACCCGAGCUGCAGCACAGCUGGUCCAGACACCGCCGAUUCACCAGACUCAGCAGUCCAAAGACUCGCCUUCGAGACAGCCGAAACGACGUCGCUCUCCCAGCCAGGAUCAGCACUGA